AUGGGUCUGCAGCUGCCAGAUUUCACUUUUAAUGACAGAUUUCGAGGGUCGUGGAGUUUUUUGCUGCUUGCGGAUGAAAUGGAAAUCGACGAAAGAAAUGCAUCUUCAUCAACGCAACAGCAUAAUAUUGAUCAAAUGGGAGUAUCUAAACGAAAAAUUUUGUAUAAAAAUAAAGGUUUAACACAACAGACUUUACGAAGAGCAAGGGAAGUCGAAUGUUUUCAACUGCGGAAAGCCAAACGAAUUGAGACACUUUCUAAAAAACGUAAUAUUGAAUUAUCAGUUGCAGAGGGCGCUGAUGAUAACGCUGAUCCUAUUUCUUGGCAUGGACAACAGAUAAUCGCAAAUUUGUUCUCCAAUGAUCCGUCUAUUCAAAUGGCGGCUCUUCGCGCAUCUGUAAGGUGGUUUAAUCAGGGCAUUACGGAAAUUGAGGAUUGGGCAACGCUUGGCUUGGUUGACAGAAUUAUUUUCUUCACUGAAAAUAAUAAACCGAUUGAAAUGCGUCGAGCUGCUACCAAAUCAUUAUCCGGAGCACUUACCGACGUUCUUCAAUUUCUCAACAUCGAAGAAAUGCACAAAUUGAUCAGUACAUUCAUUGAUUAUUUUUCAUGUCAAGCAAGUCGAAUUUUAAUCUUUAUUGAUAGGUCAGACGACUUCGAACUGCGACAGCUAUCAGUGGAGAUAAUCGGUUUAAUAGCGAAUGAAGGCAUGAUGCAGAGAGAUCUGUGUAUUGAAUUGGGUGCUGUCCCAGCUACUGUAGAACUUUUGAAGCGUGCGGAGUCGCCAUUGGAGGUGCGUUAUGUUACUUCGUUAAUUCCUAUGCUAUGUAACUGCGGUGAAUGUUGCCGUGAUUUGAUCCGGAUGUCAUCUGUGCUUUAUGUCUUUCAAAAGCAGCUGUUGAGUGUUGACGAUUCCAUUUUAAUCUGCACUUUAGAAGCUGUCUUUUGUUUGAGUUUGGGUCCAAACGAAAAUAUUGAAGUCGUUGUCUCUUCGGGUAUUGUUUCUCAAGUUGUCUAUUUAUUGCUGUCACAUCUUAACCAACAAGUUAAAUUUUCGGCAUUGCGUGUCAUAGGCAAUAUUGUAACGGGGAGUGAACAUCAUACACAGGGUAUUUUGAUUACAGCAGUGAUUGAUUGUGGUGCUUUGCAUUGUGUUCGAAAUUUCUUAGAAAAUGGUGAUCUAAAGAUCAAGAAAGAAACAUGUUGGAUGUUGUCGAAUAUUCUUGCUGAUUCAACGAACCAUGUUCAAGAAGUUAUUAGCAUUGGUAUUCUUCCACUGCUUGUGAAAAAUCUAUCUUCGGGUGAUUUCAAAAUUAGGAAAGAGGCGUGCCAUGCUGUAGUUAAUGCAUUAAUAGUUGGCAAUAUUGAUCAAGUGUUAACGGUUAUAAAUGAAGGAGCGAUUAGUGCUCUUUGUGAUUUGUUAACUGUUAUGGAACCCCGAAUUGUGCAUCUUGCACUUACUGGAAUCGAAAAUGCCCUUAAAAAGGGGGAAGAGUUGAAAGUAACAAAUGGUGUCAAUCCAUUUUUACGAUUCGUUGAAGAAGCUCGUGGUAUCGAAAAGCUUGAGUUUCUUCAGUUAAGUCCAAAUAUGGAAAUUUACUUGCUUGCGCAUGAAAUAAUGGAAACUUUUUAUUCGGAAGCAUAUGAAAAUGAUCCGCUCUCAUGGUGCGAUAUUUGUCAAAUUUAA